UUGAACAAUUAAAACAAGGUGGAAUGAAUACGAUACAGGAAAUAAAAAUUCCAUUUGUGCCAUCACUUACUUUUGCAAAAGUUGUUCGUGAUGGAGUUGUUCGUAAUUUUCCAACCCCAUUAUUAGUAGAAGGGGAUAUAGUGGAAAUGCUAUAUGGUGAUAAAGCACCUUGUAAAAUUAAAUUAUUAUCAGAGUUCAGAGAUUCUACUUCACCCUCUUCAAUUUCUUCUUCAUCAAAAAUCUUAGAAAUGUCACAA